GGCACGGAAGGAAAGGCGGGGCCGCUUAGGGAAAGGGAGGACCCUGAUCGAAUGGAGGUCCCACUCUAGUGGCAGAACGAUGACUGAGACCGGCAUAGACGCAGACAUUGACCGUGAGCUGGCCCAACAGCUGGCCGAGCGGGCCCAGCGCUACCGGAUCUUUGAGGAUGACGAGCUCGAGGCGGACGAUGUCGACGAUCAGCUCGGUGGCCUACUUGGCGAGCUUGUCAACAGCGACUUAGCCAGCAGUGCUGGGCCGUUUGACGAUGGAGAAGAGGGGCGGCGACGGCGACGACAAUGGAAGCCAAGGCAAGAGAAAGGCUGGUUCUCCACCGCCCGCACAGCCGUCCAUAAGAUCCAUCGCAGCGUCUCGGUCGAGCUCGAGCGCGAGGGCGUCAUCUCCGAGUCAUCCUCCGGUGCCCUACGAAGACAGAACAUCGAGGCUGAACAGCUGAGGUCCCGCAAGUGGGCCCAAAGGAACAGGUCUUUGCAGCCCCAGCGGCCGCAGCCGCAACCGCAAAUGGCGAGCGAAGCAAAAGCUGACGACGAUGGCCCAAAAGCUCCUCCAUACAAGGUAGAUGCGGCAGAAGAGAGGGUCUGUCGGAUGUGCCUGGGCGAAGAGGGUGAGGCUGAUGAUAAUGGGCUCAACCUCGGACCUCUUAUAGCACCUUGCAGCUGCGCCGGUUCGAUGAAGUGGGUGCAUGCGCAAUGUCUUUACCGCUGGCGGACGACUAGCACGUCGCCCUCGAGCGCCAACAUUUGCGGGCAGUGCUCGUUUCGCUACCGGCUAAAGCCGCCACGUGGCGGUUCCGUCAUGAUCUGGGCGCUUAACUGCCACCCGCUCCGGGUCAUACUUGCCAUUGCUGGCGUGGCAGUGGGAGCACUUCUGGCCGGGGUCCUCAGCAUACAUACGGUUCGCGCGAUUGGCACGAUCCCGCCGCUGCAGAAGGCGCUUCUGUACACCCUUAGCGACCCGCCUCCGCCUUACCGCAUCUCGCUCGCAGAUGACAAAGCGGCAAUCCAUAUCCAGCACUUCUUGUUCGACGACUUCUUUGGAAACAGAGCCUACCGGCUGUGUCCAACGCAGGUUGAUAUUCUCGCACGAGCAUCCAUUGACGCCAUCAACUUCGUGCAGGAGACCAAGCGCGACGACCCUGUCUACUACGAUCUAAGCGCAGUCGACGACGGGUGGCCAGAAACAAAGGUACACGGAGGAAAGAAUGAAAGCAUGGAAAUCAAUGAUGACCGAAUAGUACAGCCCCUAGCAUUGCGGUCCUACACGGUGAUCAGCUCGAACAUCAAGAAAAUUUGGCGCGAGGCUCACCUGGCCCGCCGUGGAUGGCGCGUAGGAACGGUUGGCGACGCCGUUGGAGGAAGCGGGAACUCCUCAGGGACGGAUGCGGGGGAAAGCAACGAGAAGAGCCGCAAGCCGAUGCCGUCCGAACUGUGGCGUCUGAUACAGCAGGCCACCAUUGUCGCCGAUGCGUCCUCUUCCGAUCUGGUGGUGCGCUCCGGCGCCGCAGCGCGCGGGAUGCGCGAAGUGACAAUCCAGCACAGCUUUGCACGUUUUCAAGAACGCCACGGAAACCCGUCGCAAUCGGUCGCCGUGCGUUACCCGCCCGGGUUUCUCGGCAUCGUACGCCUUGUGCUACACGCAUUCUACGAAUACUGGCACGAGAACAUCGAGGCGUUGCGCAAGUCCUUUGGGAGGAUGUUUAUCGGCCUCGCGCGCGCGUCAGUCGCCGUGACACUCGUCAUCGCUAGCAGGCGCGGUGCGAUCGAGCUCGUGUGGCUCCUCGUCAAAGUUGCUACCAGCGCUGCGAUUGCCUACCUUGAGGAAGAACUGCAGGCUCCGAUGCCGCUGCCGAAAAUCCUCCCCGGUGCUCCCAUCCCCAUACGCAGCCAACGACGCAUCUGGGCAGGGCGAGCGCUGUUCGUGCUCAUCCAUGCGUCAGUCGCGGUCUUUGGCCCGUUCUGGCCCAACUGGUGGGGCGGCUACCCGGUCUCGAUUUAUAUGCGCCCGGCUGCGAGCUCGUGGUCGCUGAUGGAGUCGUUCUUGUUCAUGAAGGGGAGGCCCGGAUUGGCUAUUGUACAGUUCAUCGACUACCUCGUCUCGCUUCUCGAGGGCUCAAGCGCGGCGGCGCGCUGGUUUCGCCAGACGUACACCAAUGGCUGGCUUGGUGCCGACUGGACGUUCCCCGAUGCCAGCGCCGGCGAGGGCUACCGCCGCGUGCUUGCUGGUCUGCUAGGUGACGAGCGCCGCGCGGCGAUGUCGCGCUUUGACAUCUACCUCUCCCAGCGCGGCAGACGCCUGAUCACCGGCCGGGUGCGCCCGGGCGACAUGGCUGCGCUUGUCGAUGCGUCGCGCAGCAGCUGGGACGCGUACGUACGCCUCGCCAUCAUGCUCGGUGCGCUCGUCUUCGUCACGGCGUCCGUAACACUCCUGCUUCAAAUUGUCGUGAAGGUGGUGGUGCUGAAUGUGUUCCUGGAACGGAUCCGCCCGAACCUUCAACACCUCGCUGCGAUCAUGUUCGAUCACGAGUGGCUGCGCACGGUCGGGGCUCUGUUCACUACUGCUCAUUGGCAGAGAUGGAAGCAGCGUCGUCACCUGCGGCGGCAGGGAGCUGAGCAACGGCAGCAAGGAAGCGGCGUACGAGCUCGCCUCAACCCCAUGCUGGAUACCGCGACGCUGCCGCCGCCCGAUCCGCUGCCCGAUCCAGCCGUCGUCGUUGGUCUUGGUCCUGCUCCUGCUCCAGCUCAAGCUCCAGCUCCUGCAGUAGGUCGAGGUGCGCCGGCUCAGCACCCCGCGAACAUUGAGCUGAACAUUGGCGGUGUCGCGAUCGGCCUUGCGGCCGGAAUGCAGGACCCAGACGCCGGCAUGGCUGUGCAGGGCGACCCGCCGCGCUCGCGGUGGACCAUGGUCGUCCCGAUCAUCAUGAACAUCUACAGCAACGUGAUGUUCACUGUGUACUUGCUCAAUGUCACUGCGCACGCUGCGCCUUUUGCUCCGUUCGCCAUCAUGUACAAUUACGUGAGAGGCUUAGAAAAGACAUCGCGCGUGGCGCGCGAUGUCAUCGACCUCUCUUCACGCGCAUGAAGCGUGGAGCCUGAAGAUGGCAUUUGAUUGUAACAUGCACUAGCUCUAUCCCACUUGCAUACCUACCGCCACGCUAUUGAUUUCACGCCCUUGUAUGCUCCCACUCUUGUUCCAACACCGAAUCGACGUUGCCGGCUACGAAAGAGGAGAUUCAGGCGACUCCAUUCAAGGCGAAGCUCUUUGCAAGCAUUUCCCCCCUUUCAAAAAAGUUGAAAAAGACAGGGUCGCUGCUCAAGAGGGAGAACUGCUCGCCAUCAAAGAGUGAACGCAUCUGCCGACGUGGUCCUAGUGUGCGAGGAGCACAAGAAUGGAAUCCCCCACAUGCAUGCUGGCCGUGGCGGGCUUGGUGGUGGCGCUGAAGAAAGCACGCGCUCUGAUUGGCUGCGGGGGACUUGAACAUUAGGGUUGCUGUAUUUUUCCCGUUCUC